GGUAUUUACUGGUAUUAAAGAAAUAAGAAUAACUGCUACAGACAGAAGCUCUAAGAUGUUGCACCGACAAUUUCAAUUUACUUGGUGCAUCUGCUUAAUUGUAUUACGCUGUGUACAUACUCAAGAAUUUAAUGGUGAUCGUAUCCAAAUAUCGCCAGCUUAUGCCAUUGCUUCAAAAGCCGAUCUUUUGAACUCAACAACAUGUGGAAAAGAAUUGCAGAAUUUCCGAGACGCUGUUAAUCAACGACUAUUGUGGAGUUUAAAAAUUUUAGAUUCCAAUGGUGGAUAUAAACCAGGUUUUCUUUAUGGAAAUAAUUAUUGGUUAGGCAGUCGUAGUCAAUGUCUCGAUGCGAUGAAUAGGAGACCUCUAAUGAUAUCACCACAGAAAAUAUUAAAUGACAAGCAGUAUCGUGAUCCGCAACAAGAAUUUCCGCCUUUCAAAAUAAAUUACUUUGUCGCUCAUUUUAAACACAAUAGUACUUUUCAAUAUCACAUAAAUUUACUUCGCGAGGACGUGAUAACACUAGGACUCUGUCUGCCAGCAUCGUGCUCUAUAAAUAAUCUAAGUUUUAUUUUGAAAAGAAUAUUAUAUGAUAAAAGCAUCUUAAUGCACGACCUUUAUUUCGCGGAUCUUUAUCUGAUUCAAGUUAAAGAUCUAGAAAACAAUGACGAGUGGCUAUCCGGAGGUGUAUUAAUUUUUAUCUGUGCAUUUUUAGGGCUUUGUUUUAUGACAACAGUCGGAACAAUAUAUGAUAUACUGGUGUAUCAAAAAAAAGUAAAAAAUAAUGAGAAGAACAAAAUUGAUAACAGUAUCAAAAACAUGUAUAAAGGAAAAGAAACAAAAUUAAAUUCACCUUCACAUUCAAAAAAUAUAAUUGGAAAUAUAUUAAUAUGUUUUUCCGCUUACACAAAUACGAAAAAAAUAUUUGAUAUGAAAUUAGAUGACGAAACAAUACUGGUCAUUCAUGGUUUAAAAUUUCUAAAUAUGUUUAUGAUAAUAAUAUUUCACAGCUUUUUUUUUUCAUUAGAUUCUCUCGAUAAUAAGAUAGUGUUGUGGAGAUUUAUUGAGAAUUAUACUGGUCAUUUAUUUGAUGUAUUUAUUGGACUUGUAAGUCCAGUCGAUACUUACUUUUUUUCAAGUGGAUGUUUAGUGACUUAUUUGUAUUUAAAAAAUAAAGUACUAAUUAAACCGAUUCGAUGCAAAGAGAAAUUAACUGAAUUCUGUAUCUAUAUAAUAAUAAGAUUUUUUCGGUUGACACCCGCAUACAUGAUGGUGUUAGGAAUAUUACAAUUAAGCACCGCUUGGUUUGACAAGGUAUCACAGAUUUAUAUGUACGAGAGGUCGCAUGAAACCUGCGCGAAGUACUGGUGGAGAAAUCUAUUAUACAUAAAUAAUUUCUUUGGUGUCGAUGCAAUGUGCAUGAGUUGGAGUUGGUAUCUAGCUAAUGAAAUGCAAUUUUUUGUAAUCGCUGUGGCAAUAUUAAUUUUAUCGACUGUGUACUUUUACGCUGCUGUUAUGAUAUUGGGUGCACUUUUAAUAGGCUCCAUCAUUUUUAGCGGUUAUGUUUCAUACAUUUAUACAUAUGUACCAACAUAUGAUGAAAUGUAUAGACUCCGAGAUAUUUUAUACAUCACACCAUGGGCACGAAUAAAUUCAUAUAUUAUUGGAAUAAUUGCAGGUUAUACAUUAAUAAAAUUAAAUAAUAAUAUGCUGCUAAAAAGAGAAAUUGUAAUUUCGUGUUGGUGCAUCUUUUGUCUUGCUAGCGCUUGUAACGUUUUCGUGUUAUUUUACAAGCGACUCGAAUCCGUUUUAUUUAUUGCUAUCUAUGUUGCUUUUCAUAAAACAGUUUGGGCUAUAGGUAUAGGAUGGAUUGUAAUAGCGUGUUCUACUAAACACGGAGGCAUUAUUAACAAGUUACUAUCGCUUAAAAUCUGGAUCCCUCUUAGCAGACUCACAUAUUGCGUUUACCUUAUACACCCUGUCAUCAUACGAUCGAUUAGAUAUUAUAGUGAAACAUCAAUUCAUUUUGAACUUAUAUCUUGGAUUGUUCUGUGUGUGGGGUACAUUACGAUCAGUUACGUUUGUGCUUAUAUAUUGUCUUUGAUGGUGGAAAUACCUUGUAUCCUGUUAAUGCGAAUGUUUAUACCAUAUCGUAAUAGGAUGCAUAGAAAAGUAUUGUAAUUUUGUAUACAGAUAUAUAAGAUACUAUGUAAUGUCAUAUGCAUGCUAGAAGUCUAGUAUUAUUAAUAUUUUUAAGUUAAGUAUUAUUUAAAUGUUUUAAACGUACGUUUUAGAAAGAAAACUUUAAAACGAAUAUUUUAGGAUUAAGAAAAUGUUAUAUUAAAAAAAAAUUUUUGUAGAUACAAAUAAUGGAAUGAAAAAUUAAAGAAAAUGAGAAACAAGUGCAAUAUGAAACAAAAUAAAUAAUAAUACACGUAAUUGUAAUCCCGAAUAUAUCGUUGCGCGCGAUCGCGGGCGGAAACGAAACAAAUUCCUUCACUUUUAAGAAUCUACAGAACUUUUUUGAAAUUCAGAUAAUAGUAACACAAAAAUAAAACAAGGGCGUUCGUUCUUGCUGGCAACCAGACUUCAACUUUGUUGUUUUAUUUAGUUAAGCUCUUUUUACCUGACAACGUUCUUCUGCCGAAAUUACUGUAUCGAUCGGUCAACACAGAUGAACAGAUCUAACGAGCGCAACAAUAUUAUUGUUCAUAAAAUUUUUAUGUUUAUUAACAUAAUUUUAUUAAGUUAUCGGCAAAUUUAUUAAUUGGAGAUUUGGGUUAACGUUGGUAACGUUAAAAAGAAAGUUUGAACGAAUAAAGCUAUCGAAUCCUAGAAAGAUGCAUUUCACUGAAGAUUGACUACAGACAGAGCCAGCUAAUACAAGUGGAAAAGAUAAACGACUAAUUGUUCUGCAUAUUGUCAAUUCUGCAUACUGCUGGUUUCGUUCUUGAUAGAAUUUUAUGUUUUAAAUUAAAGAAAAAUACGACGGAUUAUCACGAUGAAAUAAAUGGCGACACAUUUAUCGAAUGGUUCAAAAACAUUUUACCAUCGGUUGACGACAAUGUAGUUAUAAUCAUGGAUUUAAGUUCUUGUUACGUCCAGCCUUAUAGGAUUUUACUCUUUAUUCGGUAGGAAGGAUAUUUCGGGAAGAAUGGUUAAGGCAGGGAAGAACAAAACGUGUAGAAUUCCCGUAGGCACACAGUUUAAGAGAGGGUAUGUGCCUCGGGUCGAACGCACUUUUUAUGACUCAAAAAUAUAGGUCAACGU